AUGGACGAUCCAAAACAAAAUUUAAAGAUUUGUAUUAUAGGUGCAGGAAUGGCAGGCCUGACAUCCGCUUUGGCUUUAAAGAAAGAGGGAUUUAAAAAUGUAGAAGUCUUCGAGACAGCUCCUGAUUUAGGGUUUGUCGGGGCGGGAAUUCAACUCGCUCCUAAUAUGUCGAGGAUUCUGGAUGGAUUGGGGGUUUGGAAAGAUAUUGAAAGGGAAGCGGUGGAAUUGAAGAGAACGAGUAUUAGAGAAGGGUCAACGGAUGAAGAAUUAGGUUCGGUGGAAUUAGGAUAUAUUCAAGAAGAAUACGGGUAUCCGCAUAUGGUUGGCCAUCGUCAUUCUCUUACUCAGGGUCUUUACCAUGGGUGUAAGAAGUACCCGGAUCUGAAAUUUCACUUCGGAACGAGUGUUCAUGAAGUACAUGAUUUCUUCCCGAGACCUGCGUUUACGAUUUCAUCGAGGGGAGGAGAGAAAGAAAGAGUGGAAUGUGAUGUUUUGUUGGCCUGUGAUGGGAUUAAAUCGAGGAUUAGGGAGAAGAUGUUGAGGGAUUUGGGGGUAGAUGCUAAGGUGGUGGAUUCGGAACAGGCGGCGUAUAGGAUUUUACUUACGAGGGAACAGAUGGAGGAUGAUCCGGAACUUUUGGAAUUAAUCAACACCUCCGGCGUCUCCCGCUGGAUCGGCGAACGUCGCCACAUAAUCGCCUACCCCAUCUCCUCCAAACGCAUCUACAACAUCUCCACCACCCAACCCGAUAUCAAUUUCGCCAUCUCCCCCUCGGAAACCUACACUACCAAAGGAUCCAAAACCACCAUGUUAAAAGUCUUUGAAGAUUUCAACCCCAAAGUUCGACGUAUGUUGAAUCUUGUCCCGGAUGGCGAAGUCUGCGAGUGGAAAUUACGUCUGCAUGCUCCUUUGCCGACGUGGGUGAGGGGAAGUAUGGCAUUAGUGGGUGAUGCGUGUCAUCCUACGCUUCCGCAUUUAGCGCAGGGGGCUGCGCAGGCGGUGGAGGAUGGGGCUGUGGUUGCGGUUUGUUUGGGAAUGUUGGAGGAUGGAACGAGGGAGAGUGUGAAUAGAGCGUUGAAAGUGUAUGAGAAGAUUAGGAAGGAGAGAGCGGAGAAGAUAGUGGAGUUGGCGGCGGCGAGCGCGAGGAGUCUGCAUCUUGGGGAGGGGAAGUUGAAGGAGGAGAGGGAUAGAUUGUUUAGGGAUUUGAGGGAGGGGAGGGGGAAAGGGGUUCCGGAUAAGUGGGCGGAUAGGGAGGUGCAGAAGAUGGUUUAUGGGGUUGAUUGUGUGGGGAUUGCGAGGGAGAGGUUUGGGGAGUUUUGGGAAGAGGUGGAGAGAAAGGGGUAA